GACUAUGAGAAUGUACCCCCUCACCCUCCGCAUUUUAUUAAAUAAAGCUUAUCAUACUUGGGAAAAGGACAGGAGCUUUCUCGGAAGCUGUUUAAUUUAAUUUUUUUAAUUAUUAUUUCAAAAAUUAUAACUGGCUUUGAUUUGGUUGGGUACUUUUACGGGAAUCAGGAAAUAUCAGUUUGGUCCUUGCCCUCCCCUGUUUGCUCAUCUGGUGUUUUGCAGAGAGAUGCUUUAACUGAAUUUUUAAUCCAGAGGCCGGUCAUCUGUCAGUGUGCCUGGCAGCACCCUCUUUGUGUUGGAGCAUACUUCAGUGCCAGAAAAAUGAGCCGUGGAUAUUCAGAAAAUAAUAACUUCCCAUAUGACAAUAAUCAUAUGGUUUUGGAUAUGAUCCUCUGCUCUUUAUUUGGGGUCCCUCAACCUAUCAAUUGGGACAGCGUGGCGAGGCUGGUUCCAGGCUAUUCAUCUAAAGAGUGUGCAAAAAGGUUUGACGAACUGAAAAACAGUGGGAGUUCUCCAGUUGAUAACCACUACAAUCCACUAAUGGCCAGUGGCGGCAGCCCUGUGGAAACACUGGCUAGUUACAUCAAAUCAUCGUUUCUUGAUUCCCAGGAAGAGUUACAAGAACUUCCUAGUGAAAAAGAUGCAGUUUCCGGAAGUGGAAGGCCAAGUGUAGCUUCCUCAAGGAAUUGCUGUUCAGAAAGUGAGAAAGGCCCUGCACAUAAAGGUGGAGACAAUGCUGAUGAAGCACAAGGGCCAAAUAUGGUGAUCCAUGUGUGUGAUGAAGCAAAAAAUCUGAAGGAAGAUUUUGUUUGUCCACGAGAUCUGUUGAUUUCUGAAAUGAAGUACUUUGCUGAAUAUCUGUCAGUGGAUGCCCAGCGCUGGGAAGAGGUGGACAUUUCAGUUCACUGUGACGUUCACAUCUUUAACUGGUUGAUAAGAUAUGUUAAAAGGAACACUAAGGAGUAUGAGGUGCAUGAAAUACCUACAUUAGAACCAAGCAAUGUCAUUUCAAUUCUUAUUUCCUCUGAGUUUCUGAAGAUGGAUUCUUUAGUGGAAAAAUGCAUUAAUUAUUGCCACAAAAAUAUGAGUGCUAUUGUAGCCACGCCAUGCAAUAUGAACUGCAUCAAUUCUAAUCUCCUAACAUGCAUAGCAGAUCUUUUCACACAUAAUGAAGUGGAGGAGGUGAAGGACAAAAAAGAUAAAUUUAAGAGCAAGCUUUUCUGUAAGAAGAUAGAGAGAUUGUUUGAUCCCGAGUACCAGAACCCAGAUUCUCAAGGAAGUGCAGCAACCUUGUACAGGUGCUGUUUAUGUAAGAAACUCUUAAUUAAAGAUACUGAAAGAAGAAUCCCGUGUGUUCCUGGAAAGAUCAAUGUCGAUCAGCAUGGAAAUAUUAUCUAUGUCCACAUAAGAGAUAAAUCUUGGGAUGUCCAUGAGUAUUUGCUGAGUCUGUUUGAAGAACUAAAAUCUUGGCGAGAUGUAUAUUGGCGCCUCUGGGGAACUAUCAACCGGCUGACUUGUUCAAGGUGUAAUCAAACUUUCCUGUGUACUGAAUUCUCACAUUGCCAAUACCACCCUCAACCAGUUGUCUACCCUGGUGUGGCAAGUACUCUUGGUUCCACUGGUACUGGAGUAUAUCCCUGCUGUAACCAAAAGGUUCUCAGAUUUGAUCCUGCUCCUCUUCCAAAAGGUUGCAAAGUAAGGGACCAUGUGAUUGGUUUGCUUGCUGGAGGAGAAGGUGUCGAUGCUCUACCUUAUCAGACUGUUAAAAUAUUGAAUGAUCUGACUCAGCACAGAAAUGUCAUUGUUGUGCCUUUUGAAAAAGACCAAAAUAGUGAUUCUGGAAUUGGGCUGAGUGACGAGAAGGUUAUUGAAUGUGAUGUGCUAUUGGAGCCAAGUUCACCAUGGGGCCCCAAAACAGGAGAAAUUAAUGCUUUCCUUUCUCUGAAAAACUGGACUCUCCAGCUGAAGCAGCAAUUGCUGCUCUCAGAAGAUGAUGAGUAUACCACAGGGUCUGAGGUCACAGAGGAUGAAGUAGGUGAUGAAGAAGAAGUGUACAAGAAACCAACAGGAAGAAAAGAGAGGCCAAAGAAACCCAACAAACAUCCAAAGAAACAAAUGUCUUCACCCAGUGUCCAAAAGAAGGAAAAGAAUUUGGAGAAGUCUAAUCCCCGAGAUGCAUCUCCUUUUAUAUUCCUGCAGUCGGAAAGAAGUGGCUUCAGCGUGAGCAUGCAGCAGAAUAAGUGGGAUGCUUCCCGAUCACUUAGAUUCAACCAGGAUGCUCAAAGAGAAGAGGAUCAGCGGAGAAUGGUUGAGAUAACUGGACACCUAAUAAAAAUGAGGCUGGGGGAACUUGACCGGACAAAAUCAAAAGAGAACAAAGAAUCUGCAGCUGGAAUUUAUGCAAGGCUUGAAGCUCAGAUCAGGGCAACAGCGCAAGUAAACACUCGCCAGAACAUCCCAGAAAAAAAUAUGAGGACUAAAAAUCGCUUUGGCCAAGGCCGUCCAACGUAAGAACAAAUGCACACACGUCCAUCAAACAGAAGCCAAAGCACUUUUCUGCCUCCUUGGACUGCUCUAGACUCCAGAACCUGGGCAUGCCUCUUCCUAAAGCUUUUGAGUGACUUAUUUAUUAUUGAAUGCCAUGUAAAUUAUUCUCUUUUUAAUGAGUGAAAGCAGAUUUUUCUUCUAUGACUAAGUUGUAAAUACACCAUUUCUUAUACUAAACCAAGUGCAUUUCUCCCCCCUUAACAAUGGUGCAUUUGUAAACCUACAAAACAACUUUAAUACCCUCAUUUUGUUGAGGGUUGGAAAGAGUGGUGCUAACAAACUGGG